CAUCCUCUAGAGCAGCCGAAAAAACGAUGACUCCGCAUAUUCACGUUCACAAAAACAUCCAAAUAGCCCAAUCCCAUUGCGAAGGAACACUUCACCCGGAACUUUGUGUUUCCACUCUCUCCUCAUUCCCAAAUCUCCACCGUAAAUCCAUUGCAGAGAUCAUCUCUUCCACUGUUAAAAUCGCAGUGGGUGGGGUCAGAGCCUCCGCCCACAACUGCAGCGACCUUCGUCGACAUGUACCCAAACUGGAACCUAUUGAAAAACGAGCACUCCAAGACUAUGUUGAACUAUUGGGAGAAACUAUUGCUGAGCUCAGAACAGCCCUCACUGAUCUUUCCCCUAAGAAAUCUGCUUCCAAGCACUACAAUGACAUCCAAACACUUCUCAGUGCCGCAAUGACCAAUGAGGAUACUUGCCUAGAUGGACUCUUCUACAGUACAAAGAAUAACUUAACCCGUUACGUAGAGGACAAUCUGCAUACCAUCGCUCACCACGUCAGCAACUCCCUCGCCAUGCUCAACAAGAUUAAGAGGACAUCAGUAUCUUCUUCUGAAGAAGUGUUUCCCGAGUACGGGGCUAUGAAGAAUGGGUUCCCGAAAUGGCUGAAGAGGCGGGAGAGAGCACUUCUGCAAGUUCCAGUGAAUGAGACCAAGUUCGAUUUGGCGGUGGCAAAGGAUGGCAGUGGUAAUUUCACGACUAUUAACGAGGCCUUAAGUGCAGCAUCCAACUCCACUAACACAAGAUUCGUGAUCUACAUUAAGGAGGGAUCUUACUAUGAAUACGUGGAGGUAGACAAGAAGAAAACCAUGAUAAUGUUUGUCGGAGAUGGCGUCGGAAAGACAAAGAUAAAGGGUAACCGGAAUCAUGUUGAUGGAUGGACUACUUUCCGAUCUGCCACUGUUGUCACAUUAGCCACUUUUGCAGCACCGCUUUUGUGGCCCGGGCCUCGCAUCUGCGGAGGCCACUAA